AUGUCAUCCAAUCAACAACAAAAUGCUAAUCAAAAUCAACAAAAUCAAAAUCAAAAUCAAAAUCAACAAAAUCCAAACCAACAAAAUCAGAACCAAAAUCAACAAAAUAAAAAUCAACAAUUAGGAGGUGCUGGUUCAAAUCAAGCUGCACAAAAUCUUGCUGGACAACAACAACAAAAUCAACAAAACAAACAACAACAAAACCAACAAAAUCAACAAAAUCAACCAAAUCAACAACAAAACCAACAACAAGGUGGUGCUGGCAACAAUCAACAACGUCAAUAA